CACACACACAUACACACACAGACACAUAUACUGAACACUGGAGCGAGGCAAGGCUGGAAAACCGGGACACUUCAAUUAGCUGCUCCUCUGACGGAUCCCUGGCGUGGACAUUUUUAAUUUUUCAUCACAGCCUCUUUGGAUUUCUCUCAUGUGGCUUUUUGCGCAUCGAGCCCGGACGCUGCUGCUGCUGAGGAGGAGGAGGAGGUGUGUUUGAGCAAUUGAAGCAUUUCCGAGAUGAAGACAAACGCUCGGUGAAUGGGAAACAGCAGCACGGACACACCGCUACCUUUCCCCCAUCUUGGCAGACACGCUCAUCCUUCCGUUGGCGAGAUUUGCGCACCAGAUACCGGAGCCGGUGUCUGCGCUCUGCGGGGCCGGGCGCGCGUCGUCUGGGAGGAGUAGGGAGGAUGGAGGCGUUUUUCACAGAGGGGGCCCGUGUCUGGGUCAAAGAGAAGGAGCAGCUGGUUCCUGCAACAGUCAACUCAUGUGGAGAUGGAACGCUCGUCAUUACUACCGACUAUGGAGAGGUGCUGUACCUGCAGCAGGCCGAGGUCACCAGGGAGAAGGUGUACGCCAUGCACCAGUCCAGCAUCGACGGCGUGGAGGACAUGUCGGCGUUGGCGGAGCUGCACGAGGCCGCCAUCAUGCACAACCUGUACCAGCGCUACCAGAAGGACAACAUCUACACGAACAUCGGCAGCAUCCUGGCCGCCGUCAACCCCUACAAGCAGAUCCACGGGAUGUACGACCCCGAGAGGGUGGAGCUCUACUCCAAGCAUCACAUCGGGGAGUUACCGCCGCACAUCUUCGCCGUGGCCAACGAAUGCUACCGCUGCAUCUGGAAACGCCACGACAGCCAGUGUGUCCUCAUCAGUGGUGAAUCAGGAGCAGGGAAGACUGAGAGCACUAAACUGUUGCUUCAGUUCCUGUCGGUGAUGAGCCAGAACUCAGCUGGGACUCCUCCGUCAGAGAAGAGCACCAGGGUGGAGCAGGCCAUCGUUCAGAGCAGUCCCAUCAUGGAAGCGUUCGGUAACGCUAAGACUGUUUACAACAACAACUCGAGUCGCUUCGGGAAAUUCAUCCAACUUCACUUCUCUGAGGGCGGAAACAUCCAGGGAGGCUGCGUCAUCGACUGUAUCCUUCCUCACACGCUUAGAAUUUUUCAAAUAUCUUUAUUGUGAAGCAUUAUUCAAUGAACAGGGUGUUUUUCUUUCUUAAUAAACAUAAAAUAUCAAAACAUACAUCAAGAUAUUUAAGAUAUCAGAAAGACAAAACAUGACAAAAUCGUAUGAUUGAGCGAAUAAAAAUACAGUAAGGCCAUAAAUUAAUUAGUUAAUUAAAAUUAAAAAUAAA